AUGUCCGGAGUCAGGCUAUUCCUACAAAAAAUCCUGAUUCUUCUGCACGUUACUACGUGCGUCGUUGUUGGCAAAACACUGAUGAUACUGUUCCCUAAUGCCAUGAAAAGACACAUCCUUAAACAGGGCGAAAAGAGCAGAAUGAACGAGAAUCCAAAGUUCAAGUACGAAAACUGGGGUCCGACUUUCUUCAGCUUCAAGUAUUUGCUCUUUGUGCUGAAGGUGAAGUGGAAGAGGCUGGAGGAUGAAGCCUUUGAGGGACAUCCUGCUCCCAACACACCAGUGGUGACUUUCAGCGGGGAAGUUCGUCAACUUUUGGAUUUCAUGCAAGAUAACCGACCUUUAAUCCUGAAUUUUGGAAGCUGCACCUGACCUUCGUUUAUGUUAAAAUUCAAUGAGUUCAACAAGCUCAUCAAAGACUUCAGCUCUAUAGCAGAUUUUCUUAUCAUCUACAUCGAAGAAGCUCAUGCAGCAGAUGGAUGGGCUUUUAAAAACAAUAUUGUUAUUAAAAAUCACAGAAGCCUUGAAGAUCGAAAAAUUGCAGCACAAUUUCUUCAGAAAAAUAAUCCUUUAUGUCCAGUGGUUUUAGACACGAUGGAAAACCUGAGCAGUUCAAAAUACGCUGCAUUGCCGGAACGACUGUAUCUGCUUCAAGGAGGGAAGGUCAUCUACAAGGGAGGAGUGGGACCUUGGAAUUAUCACCCCCAGGAAAUACGCACCAUCCUGGAAAAACUGAAAUAG